GAAAACAGAUCAGCAGCCUGAAGAUCUCAACACCACCGCAUGUCUCUGCAACAACUGCCGAGAGCAGCCAAACCGCUUUUACUUCCAAACUUUGACGCGCACUCGGGACGAAAACAAAGCUUUUACGCACGAUGUUAGUUUACUGAAAACGGCGCAAAGCUAACACACGGAGCGCACCUCUGGGAGAAGAUGGAUUGUAAGAAAAAGUUCCACCCCGCUCCGCACUGAAUCUCUCCCCGGGACAGAGAAUUCCGUGCGAACUUUGAGCGUUUCCAAACUUUCUCUGAGCUCGGCACAUGGAGUUUUCCGUCAAGUCCGGAGAGGCUUGUUUGCGCGUUUUGCCUUCCAUGGUGCCAGCUCACUCCUAGUUUACGGGAAGCAGACUCAGGCAAAGUUUUCCUUGGACAAAAAGAGUGCGCGGAAGAGCCUCGGCUUCGCAGUGAGAGCAGCAGCGGAGGUUGCGGCGGACAGUGAAGAGCAGCAUGGAGACUUCAGCUCCAACAGCCACUGAGAAGAAGGAGUGUAAGGGAUCAGGUCUGGAUGGAAGCAGCUUCUCAGAGCUCCCAAAGAAGCCUUCGCCCACCACUCUGACCAGAGGUGCCCCUCACCUCUUCCCCACGUUUCACACGCCCAUCCCGAUCGACAUGAGACACCAUGAGGGCCGAUACCAUUAUGAGCCACAUCCACUCCACGCCAUGCAUGGACCUCCAGGACUGACGGGCAGUCCAGUCAUCUCAGAUAUUUCCCUGAUCCGUCUGUCACCCCACGGGGGGCCCGGAUCAGGUGAAUCACCGUUUAGCCCUCCACAUCCUUACGUGAGCCCCCACAUGGAGCACUACCUCCGCUCGGUGCACAGCAGCCCCACCCUCUCCAUGAUCUCAGCCGCCCGAGGACUGAGUCCUGCUGAAGUGACCCACGAACACCUGAAGGAAAGGGCCCUGUUCAGUCUCCCCCCUCCACCGCCAGGGGCCAACCCCACAGAGUACUACCACCUUAUGGCCAGUGCCAGCCAGAGGAGCCCCUACGGUGAUCUGCUGAUGCAGAGCAGCGCGGCGGCGGCAGCGGCGGCGGCAGCGGCGGCAGCCCAUCUCCCAGAGUACAUCAGCCCCAUGGAUGUAUCACGUUUCCAAAGUCCAAGGCUGACACCCCGGCUGAGCAGAAAGAGGGCGCUGUCUAUUUCCCCUCUAUCCGACGCCAGCAUCGACCUGCAGACGAUGAUCCGCACCUCGCCCAACUCCCUGGUUGCCUACAUCAACAACUCCCGCUCUAGCUCGGCCGCCAGCAGCUCCUACGGUCACCUUUCAGUCGGAGGGAUCAGUCCCUCCUUCAGCUUCCCUCAUCCCAUCAACCCUUUGGCGUACCAGCAGCUGUUGGCCCAGCAGAGGAGUCUCAACGCCUUCGGACACACUCCUCCUCUCAUUCAGCCAUCGCCAACCUCUUACUCUGUCCGCCAACACCCCCUCACUGCUUCACCUAUGACCACCUCCCACAACAGCUCCAACUCUGAGUCAAACCAGAAUGCCAGUGGAGACCCAGCGGUGAGUAGCACAGUCAACCCAUUGACCACCAAGAGGUCAAAGGUAAAGACGGAAGCAGAGGGUCCACUGCCCAUCUCACCAUCCUCUCAUGAUCAUUGUGGGGGGAUCUUGGACAUGAGUGAGGAUCUGGACAAAGACGAGUGCAAGCAGGAGCCUGAGGCCGUAUACGAGACCAACUGCCACUGGGAGGGCUGCUCCAAGGAAUAUGACACCCAGGACCAACUAGUUCAUCAUAUCAACAAUGACCACAUCCACGGGGAGAAGAAAGAGUUUGUGUGUCGCUGGGACGAGUGUUCACGGGAGCAGAAGCCCUUCAAGGCCCAGUACAUGCUGGUGGUCCACAUGAGGCGUCACACAGGGGAGAAGCCGCAUAAAUGCACAUUUGAGGGCUGUUCCAAAGCGUACUCUCGCCUGGAGAACCUCAAGACCCACCUCAGGUCCCACACUGGGGAGAAGCCAUAUGUGUGUGAACAUGAAGGCUGCAACAAGGCUUUCUCCAAUGCCUCAGACCGGGCUAAACACCAGAACCGCACACACUCUAAUGAGAAACCGUAUGUGUGUAAGAUCCCGGGCUGUACCAAGCGUUACACGGACCCCAGCUCUCUCAGGAAGCAUGUUAAGACAGUCCAUGGACCAGAAGCCCACGUCACCAAAAAACAGCGAAGCGACGUACCUCCCAGACAGCAGCCUCCCAAAGGCAAUGGGGAGAAUGAGGCGAAUUCCAAGCUCAGCGGAAGAGGCCUGGACGGCAAGAUUGAGGCCAAUAGCACCUCUAGAGGAGUGGAGGACUGCCUACAAGUCAAAUCCAUCAAGACUGAGAAUUCUAUGACGUAUCAGUCCAGUCCUGGUGGCCACUCGUCAUGUAGCAGUGAGCCAUCGCCUCUCAGCAGCGCCAACAACAAUGACAGUGGAGUAGAGAUGGCCCUGCACAGCGGCGGCAGCUUCGGGGACCUCAGCGCACAGGAUGAUUGCCCCAUGGUCGACUCUACUGUUCCCAUCGGGGGAUAUCAGACUGGGGUGGGGCUUCAGUUGAGGAAAGGUGUGGGUCAUGGUGGUGCGGUCACGAUCAAACUUGAAAACAUUAAGAAGGAAAGGCUAACCACAGUGAGGGACUCCUGCCCCUGGGGCAACUCUGCACCGCAGCCACUGCAGGGCCAACGCAACAGCAUGAAGCUGCCUCCCAUACCUGCAGUCGGUUCCCUGCUGGAGAGCUCCAACUUGAUCACUAACUUAGGCGGUCAGUACCCUGGACAACGCAUGGGUGACCUGACUUCUUGUGAAGUAACUCUGCUGAACCAGCUCAAUGAGCGGCGUGACAGCACCACCAGCACCAUGAGCUCAGCUUACACCAUGAGUCGGAGAUCCUCAGGCAUUUCACCCUGCUAUUCCAGCCGCCGCUCCAGUGAGGCGUCCCAGUUUGGCGGUAACCGCCAUAACAACAUCAGUUCCGCUGAUUCCUAUGACCCGAUCUCCACUGAUUUGUCUCGCCGCUCCAGCGAGGCUAGCCAGUGUGGAGGUGGUGGUGUCAGCGGAGGAGGUCUCCCAAGCCUCCUUAGUCUGACCCCAGCUCAGCAUUAUCGACUUAAGGCAAAGUAUGCUGCUGCCACUGGUGGAGCUCCACCUACUCCUCUCCCUAACAUGGAGCGGAUGAGCCUGAGGACCCGCAUGGCUCUUUACAGUGACUCCCAGGAAGGCUCGUCGCACCAAUUCCAUCAGCACCCCUCUGGAACUGUGCCUCGGAGAUGCAGUGAUCUUGGAUAUGGCACGCGGAGUAUGAUGCCCCAUGAAGUACCCCCCCACCUUCCACGUCGUGCCAGCGAUCCGGUGCGUCGUUCCACACUGGACCCUCUCUCCUUUCCAAGGGUUCAGCGCUAUAACAGCAUGAACAGCAUGAACCCCAUGAAUGGUCCAUCCUCUGAGCGCCACCAGGCCCUGGCGAUGCAGGGCUACACUCGCUCGGAUGGCAGCCUGCAGCGCUACCCAUUUGCCCCUAGACCACCUAGCAUUUCUGAGAAUGUAGCCAUGGAGAACAUGGCAGUAGAUGGGAUGAUGAUUGGGCCGGAGCAGAGUGGGGAGGAGGACAUGGUGCUUCCAGAUGAUGUGGUGCAAUACCUUAGGACCCAAAAUCCUGGCCCCACAAGUCACAACUCUGGGCAAGUGGACUACCAUUCCAACAAUCAGACUCAUGGCUACCAGACAAGCAUGGGCCCGCCAGCGUCAUUUUACGCACAGAGGAGGAUGGCUAUGGUUGAUGGCACCAUGACUCAUCAAUCAGGUCAUCAAAUAGGUCCUGUUGGCCCACAUCAGCCCUUCCCAGCACCAUUGGACAAUAUGAACAAGAACAGCAUGCCAGUGCAGUGGAACGAGGUGAGCUCAGGUACUGUUGACACCACAACCAAGUUCUCCAAACCACAGCAGCAUCCUCUUAGGGGGAACCUAACUGUUGUUCAGCAGAGACACAACUUUGGUUCCUUGCAGGGACAAGGUCAGGGCCUUGGCAGCAACCAGCAGGUAGUGCCUAUGAGUCAGAACAUGUCUAUGCAGGGGUAUGCAAACCACAACAGCCAGAGGCUGAUGAACACCUCGCAAAAGCAGCAGAGGCAGUGCAGUGUGAACUUUAGUGAUCAAAUGAGUCCUCAGCAAGGAUUUGGCCAAGAAGCAAUCCCAAUUGCUAUAUCUGGGAGCACAAACAUGAGACCUACCCGGAGCACUAUGGCAGACCCAGAACUGCAAAGUUACAGAGCUAGGACUCAGGCUGAUGGGUAUCCUCAUGGGAACCAAAUGGAUCAGCAGCAAAAUUACAGCGUUCACUUCCAGCAGCAGCAGCAUGUACACAAUGCAGGCAGAGAAAUGUUACAACCCAGGCCCCCCAUGGAGCCUAAGACUAGUGCCAGACAACAAACAGUGACUAGCAUGAUGCAAUCGAGCCGAAUACCUAAGUCAUCUGAUAUAAGCCCCAGUCGUGGUAAUGGCACCUCAGAGGCAAGCCCAAAGAGGCCCAGUGGCUCAGCAGGCCACAACAGAAGCUCUGAAAAUCAGAACUCUGCUAUGGUUCACACAGAUCAGAUUCAUAUGUUUGAGCCAAAUUCUGUCAGUUUUGAUGCCCCCAUGUCCCCCGGUGCCAGCCAGGCUCCUGCCAGCAACACCACUGCUGCAGCCAACAUGGCCUCACCAGGAGUCAAUCAUGUCUCCAGCAGUACAGUGGAUUCUUCUACGGGUGGAUCUGGUGGCACGGAGCAUGCCCAAAUCGACUUUGACACUCUGCUGGAUGAUGGGGACCACUCUAGCCUAAUGUCGGGCACGCUGAGUCCUGGCUUCCUGCAGAGCCUCUCCCAGAGCUCCUCACGCCUCACCACCCCGCGCAACUCCGUCACCUUGGCAUCUGUACCGGCAGGGAUCGGCAACAUGGCCAUCGGUGACAUGAACUCUAUGCUCACAGCCCUGGCUGAAGAAAGCAAAUUCCUCAACAUGAUGAGCUGAGAGCAAUCGAACACCUCAUUAUCCCUCCAGUCUUAACCGCGUCUACAUCAGGAAUAUUUUGUCUACACAAAGCACUGAUUGAACAAUGCAAACUGGCUAUUUCAUGCUUUUUUUUUUCUUUUCUUAUCUGUCCAUAGUUAUAUGCUUAUCUUGUAAUAUUUGCUCCAGAUUAUAAGGUGACAUUAAAACGUAUUCGUAAGUAUAGCUAGGGUUAAGGAAGAAUUCUAUCCUUAUUUGUUAAAAAGCCAUACAUUUUUACCUACAGAUAUAUGAUAUGGUAACAACUGCCAUUCAGUAUUUGCUGGUGUAAUAGCCCUUUACUAAGUGGUGCGCUGAAGCAGUACACACACACAUCUGAGUACGACAUGAACACAGGAAAUGAACAUGAUAUGUAGAUAACAGAUAAUAUUUUCUCAUGAAGACUUUUAUAGAUUAUACUAUGUGGUACUUGCUUUAAGUUAUGCUAUAGACUCUUGAUGUUUAAACUAGGGCUGUCAAAGUUACAGUAGCAUGGGGACACCUACUAUUCAUUCACAAGGUAUAAUUAAUACAUUUUUUAUGACAUAAUAAUGUAGAAUGAGAAAAAUAUCAUUAUAUUAGUAUGUAACAUGAGUGUCGAGACCUGCAGUGGUAAAUUGGAAAACACGUGAAAAAUAUGAAUGUCGAAAAAUUAAUUGAAAAUACUCCUUUUUGGUUCCACAUCUUUAAAAAAGAAUGUAUUACAUGGCUCAGGCUGAGCUACACUGAAAUAUAUGUAAUUUUUAAACAGGCAAACGUGCAGCUAAUUGAAAAAUUAAACAAACAAAAAACAAACCAUGCAUUUAGAAAUUGAUGCAUACAUGCCCAUUAUGAAAAAAUACAUUCAAUGUUAUUACAAUUUAUGUAUGCACUUAUUUCAACACUUGCAGCUUAAGAAGUAGAAGCGCUGUGAGAGGAACCUGUUUUGCUUGUAUUGCAAUUUUUAAAAUAAAGGAUAUCUGUGGUUCCAAGCAAUUCUUCUCAAAUUAAACACAGUUUAUGACAUUUCAUUAAAUUCAGUAUGAAUGUCAAUCAGAAAUGCGUGACUAACUGCGGUUCACAAGAUAAAGCAUUUGACAGCCCUAGUUUAAACGUGGUUGUACGACGUCAUGAUCCAUAGAUAUUAGGUGCUUUUUGAUCAUGGUCCGAGCUAUUGGGGACGGCACUGUAAAAUCAGAUUUCCUUCUUUGCUGGCUGGAUCAGAGGCAGAAACUCUCCAUGGUCCCUUCUCACAAGGGUAAAUGAUUGAAAAGGACAAGGAUAAGCCUCUGUGUUAGACUAUCAGGGCACAUGAACCCAUGUGUCGACGAGGAGCUUCCUCUAAAAGAAUAUACAAGUACCUCUGUGUGUUCUCAGUCGAGAUCCAAUCCUAAUUAACACAUUCAUAUCCCCACCCCCACCCCCCGCGCUGCACCACGUACUCUCCCCGGGCUCUGGAUGAACUGCUGAGAGCACAGGAAGGGACACUGACUUUGAAAAUGGAAUCCUGUUUCGGACAGGAUUGGCAAACUAGCCCUGCGAAUUCCUCAGUUUUAUUAUGUUGCAGAAUUUCUAAGUAGCCUCUAAAAUGUUUGUGUGUAUGUUACCAUUCACGUUUACUAUGCUCAGUGUGUGUGGGUUUGUUUGUGUGAGUGUGUGUGUGUGUGUGUAUAUAGCUUUUGUACAUUUCAAAUAAACUAUCUCCCUUUUUUUUUGUUUUAA